AUGCUGCGCAAGAUUUCUUUUUAUUGCACUGACAUAGCAAAAUCAAUAGAAGCUCCGGUUUUCCAUGUGAAUGGAGAUAACCCGGAAGCUGUGAGUUUUGCUGCAAGUCUGGCGAUGGAAUAUAGGCAAAAAUUCAAAAAGGACGUAGUGAUUGAUAUAAUAUGCUACCGCAAAUACGGCCAUAAUGAAGGCGAUGAACCUAAUUUCACUCAGCCACUUAUGUAUAAGCUGAUAUCAAAACAUAAAACUCCUGGAACAUUGUAUGAAGAAAAAUUGACUGUAGAAAAAGUAUUAGAUGACGAUGAAGUAAAUAAAUUGCGCAAAGGAAUAGGAGUGCGUUUAUCAGGACAAGAUUCUGGUCGUGGAACUUUCUCGCACCGUCAUUCAAGGCUUAUUGAUCAGACAACAGAAGAAGCGUUUAUUCCGCUAAACAAUAUAAAUGAAAAGCAAGCUCACUUUGAGGUCAUAGAUAGCGCUUUAUCAGAGUAUGCUGUAAUGGGCUUUGAAUAUGGAUAUAGUCUUGAUUCUCCGUAUUCACUGGUACUCUGGGAAGGACAAUUUGGUGAUUUUGCAAAUGGUGCACAAAUUAUAAUUGACCAGUUUAUCGCAUCUGCACAAACAAAGUGGUUGCGAUCGAGCGGUCUAGUGCUAUUGUUGCCCCACGGUUAUGAAGGGCAAGGACCUGAGCAUAGCUCCGCACGUAUAGAGAGAUUUUUGCAACUCUGCGCAGAGGAUAAUAUGCAGGUAGUUAAUUGUUCCACUCCGGCGAAUUACUUCCAUGUCUUACGCAGACAAAUGCUUAGAGACGUUCGUAAGCCUUUAGUAGUGUUUACACCUAAAUCACUAUUGCGUCAUAAAAGAGCAGUUUCUAACCUAUCUGACUUUGCAGGAAAAUUCCUCACAGUAAUUCCAGAAUGUAGAACAGGUUUAGUUUCAAAUAAUGAAACACGUAAAGUUGUAAUAUGCAGUGGUAAAGUUUAUUACGAUGUAAUUGCAAUGCUUGAAACACAAAAAAUAAACGAUAUAGAAGUGAUACGUUUAGAACAAUUCUAUCCGUUUCCGGACGAUAAAUUAAGCAGCGAACUUGAAAAGUACAAGAACGCUGAAAUUAUAUGGUGUCAAGAAGAACCAAAAAAUAUGGGGGGAUGGUUUUUUGUCAACCCAUUGAUAGAAGAGGUAUUAUCUGACCUCAAUAUUCAAGCAAAAAGACCAGUUUAUCGCAAUACCUGCUGCUGUAUCUCCUGCAUGUGGUUAUGCUAG